AAGAUCUUUAUCAGCUCAGUGUCAGUGAGGUUUUUUUCUAAAUGGAGGUGAAGACGCAGGUGUUGAACGCGUUAGCUGAGAACAAGAGAAGCGCUCUUCUUGUCCUCGGAGCAGGAGUUGGUGCAGCUGCGCUUCUGGGUUUCGGACUCGCAUUUAAAUACCUGCGUAAACCGGAGAAGCUGCUCCGUGUGGGGGUCGUUUCUCAGCUGCUCGUGCACCCGCUCAAGUCCGGGAAAGCUCUGAGUGUCGCGCUGGCGGAAUGUCACAAGUUUGGACUCAGCCAUGGACAGCUGCAAGACAGACACUGGCUGGUGGUGACGGAGGACGGACGCAUGGUGACCGGCGUCCAUCAGCCUAGUCUCGUCCUCGUGUCUCUGACCUGUGACAGAGGUCAACUCUGUCUGAACGGACCAAACAUGGACAAGCUCAACUUUCCCCUCGAACAAUCCAACAACCCUGUUAUUCACUGCAGAGUUUAUCGCGGUGAGAGCCAGGGUCGGGACUGCGGAGACGAGGUGUCUCGCUGGCUCACUCGUUAUUUUGGAGUAAACAAAACCUUUCGCUUGGUUCACUUUGAACCUCAGAUGAAGGGGAGACAGUCUCCAGAGACUCUGUUCUCACCAUAUGAGAGGUUAGCAUACACAGACGUCGGACCUGUGAUGCUGUUGUCGGAGGCCUCUGUUCACAAUCUGAGCAGCAAGUCGGAGAAGGACUUGAAUGCGAAACAGUUCCGUCCAAACAUUGUGAUCAGUGACUGCGAGGCAUUUGCUGAGGAUUCAUGGGACGAGAUCCAGAUUGGCAACGUGCGUCUGCAGCGAGUCAUGUCAUGUGGAAGGUGUCUUUUCACGACAGUCGACCCUGACACUGGUAUAUUCCACAGAAAAGAGCCUUACCAAACACUGAAGAGCUAUCGUCUGUGUGACCCGUCGGAGAAGCACAUCUACAAAUCCUCUCCGCUGUUUGGACAACUGCACACAGUGAAGAAGACGGGGAUCCUGCAGGUGGGCGACGUGGUUUACACAGUCAGCUGUUAAUGUCACAGUCAGACAAAGUAUGUUGUCAGAAUGCUUGUGAAAUCCAUUUUCAUCUCUAUGCCCCUCACAAAGGUCGCUGGGGUCAGGGUUCGAUCUCGCUCUCACUCUUGGUGUGAGGCAGCAGUGCUGUGACACACAUUAUGUUAUAUUUGAACAAAUGUAUUCAUGAUUUUUAAAAUAGUAUUUUACAAUGCAGUUGACGAAAUGCACCGUCUCCUCCUGGGUUAGGGUUUAAUAAACCGGUCCAACCAUAUCCGGUAAUCUGUCACGUACACGGUUGUAAACUGUGAAUAGUUUUUGAAAUUCCUGCUGAUGUAAGCAACCGUUUGUACAUUCAGGCGAUUGUACACGUUUUUGGCCAGGUGGGGAUAUGAACCGGCGACCCUCCGGUUACAAGCCAAGUUCCCUUUCCACUUGGCCGCGGGCUGCCCUAUCUAAAAUAAUCUGACGUAUAUCUUACAGAAGUCAGAAGUGACGCUCUGUGCAGUUGAAGAUGCUACCUUUUCUCUCUCCUGUCAGCUGCUGCAACACUGUCUCAUUUAUUUCAUGUUUUUAAAAACGGUUUCACUUUGAACAACAGAAUACUUUUAAAGCUGAUGUCAGUAACGCACACAUACGUCUGUUUAUAGAAACUGUUUACACCGUUUUAUUUAUGCUAUCUCUCAUCUGCAUCUCCCUCAGAUUGUACCACAAGGUCUGAAUUAAACAUAUUUCUGAUCCAA